AGCAAUAUCUUUAUCGAUCACACAUAACCCUCCUCCUUAUCAUAAGGCCCCAACUUACACGAAAAUGGCCAUACGGAAUGUCCCUGAUGGUCCUUGGCUCCAUAAAAACUGGAGAGAUAGGGGCACUGCGGGAGAUCAGGAAGCAAAUAAUGAACCUGUCGAGCCUGAGGACGAAGUCAUCGAGACGGAACAUCAAAAAGCAGACAGUGAAUCUGCCAAACCUGAAGAUCCGGUCACCGAACCACCAGCUGAGGAAGAAGAAACAGCUAGCCAGCCGAAAAUUUUCGAACAUCCUCCCGGUUUACUACCUCGUGAUUUCCGGUCUCGUCUCCCGAACAUUUUAACGAGUCCUCCCCCACCAUCCCACAGCGAACUCGGUCAACUCUUACGCAAAUGCGACGCGUUCUUCAACCAGUUCCGGACUCAGCAACGUGCUUUUUACAUAUGGGCUGAAUAUCACAACGAUAGGGCUGAUAAUACGAGUGUUAAUAUCAUCAAGUGGAUUGUCGACCAGGAUCAGGAGUAUGUCGAUAUGGAGAAGGAUCGGAGAAAGGUUGCGCCAGAUGGAAGUGUUGUGGACGUUGAGUAGACAGGUGUGCCGAAGGAAGGACAACAAUGAUUCGAUAGAUUUCUUGAAUGGCUACUGAAUUGGGGGAUCUUCCAUCGAUAGCCGUGGGGAAUGGUUUGUGGGUAUUGGCAUAAUGGUGUGAUUUUGAGUAGGCUGGAUAAGAGA